CCUCCCGCCUCCCUCCUCACUCGGCGCAGCGGCCACCGGAUUCUGGGCUCCGAGCUGUGGGAAGCGCCGCUCCCCUCCGUGACAGUCAGCGCGGUUAUUCGCCCCAAAUUUCCCCCAGCGACUCCCGGGCGUCUCGGAAGGCACGAAGAGGGCGCCGGUUCCGUGUUGUCCAUGCCUUGGAGGGGCGAAGACAGACGACAGCGCUGGUGCCCCUGACUGGCCCUCAGGAUGAGCGAGGCAGAUAGUCAGUUCUACAGUGUUCAGGUGGGGGACUCCACCUUCACUGUGCUCACCCGCUACCAGCAGCUCCGCGCCAUCGGUUCCGGUGCCCAGGGCAUCGUUUGCUCUGCCCUAGAUACAGUCCUUGGCAUCCCGGUGGCGGUGAAAAAGCUGUGUCGGCCCUUCCAGAACCAGACACACGCUAAACGUGCAUACAGGGAGCUCGUGCUGCUAAAAUGUGUCAACCACAAAAAUAUCAUCCGUCUGAUCAACGUGUUCACGCCUCAGAAGUCACUGGAGGAAUUUCAGGAUCUAUAUCUGGUGAUGGAGCUGAUGGAUGCCAGCCUUUGCCAGGUAAUCCACAUGGAUUUGGACCACGAGAGAAUGUCUUACCUGCUCUACCAGAUCCUCUGUGGCAUCAGACACCUGCACUCUGCCGGCAUCAUCCACAGGGACUUAAAACCCAGCAACAUUGUGGUGAAGUCAGAUUGUACCCUGAAGAUACUGGACUUUGGCCUUGCUAGGACAGCUUGCACCAACUUUAUGAUGACCCCAUAUGUGGUAACCAGAUACUACCGAGCACCCGAGGUCAUUCUGGGGAUGAAGUACAAGGAGAAUGUUGACAUCUGGUCCGUUGGGUGCAUCAUGGGAGAGAUGGUAAAAGGUGGCGUCAUCUUCCAAGGCACUGACCACAUCGACCAGUGGAACAAAGUCAUUGAGGUUCUGGGCACGCCCAGUCUGGAGUUUAUGAACCGUCUGAUGGAGACUGUGAGGAACUACGUGAUGAACAAGCCACAAUAUCCAGGUGUCAGCUUUGCGGAGCUUUUCCCCGACUGGGCCUUCCCCUCGGAUUCGGAACACGACAAGCUCAAGACGGGUCAAGCCCGGGACUUGCUGUCCAAAAUGCUGGUCAUCGACCCUGAGAGCCGCAUUUCCGUGGAGGAAGCCCUCAAUCAUCCCUACAUUCAUGUUUGGUAUGACCCCACCGAGGCCGAUGCGCCUCCCCCCCAGAUAUCUGAUAAGCAGCUAGAAGAGAGAGAGCACACCAUUGAGCAGUGGAAAGAGCUCAUUUAUGAAGAGGUGAUAGACUGGGAAGAAAGGAACAAGAAUGGCGUGGUGAAAGAGGACUGCUCUGAUGCGGCGUCCAUCUCGGCCUCGCAGUCGUCUUCUGCCAACGACAUCUCGUCGAUGUCCACGGAGCACACGGUGGCGUCCGACACGGACAGCAGCAGCAUCGACACCAUCACCGGGCCGCUGGACGAGAUGGAUCUUCUCGAUCCCCUUCACCCCCAAAGCCAGUUUUGGACUGCUGCUUAGCGAUCAAAGGCCGUGCUACCUUUCCAACAUGGUGGAUGACGCAUGCAUUGGUUGACAUGGAGCACGUGUGUGUGUGUGUGUGUGUGUGUGUGUGUGGGUGUGUGUGUGUGUGUGUGUGUGUGGUUUGUUCUAUAUAGUUGUAUUUUUUAAUAGUUUUAUUUUUGUAGCAGAUAUUCAGUUGAAAUGCGAGGGUUUGCUCACCAAUGAAAGACCACAAGCUGCUCGUUGCAUGUCACGCCGAAACCAACAAAAGCUUAACGUAGAUGUUUAUAUAGCAAUCAACUCAUCGAGUUACAAACCCCGUUUCCUUAUGAGUUGGGAAAUUGUGUUAGAUGUAAAUAUAAACAGAAUACAAUGAUUUGUAAAUCAUUUUCAAGCCAUAUUCAGUUGAAUAUGCUACAAAGACAACAUAUUUGAUGUUCAAACUCAUAAACUUUUUUUUUUUUGCAAAUAAUAAUUAACUUAGAAUUUCAUGGCUGCAACACGUGCCAAAGUAGUUGGGAAACGGCAUGUUCACCAUCAAUCAAUGUUUAUUUAUAUAGCCCCAAAUCACAAAUGUCUCAAAGGACUGCACAAGUCAUUACGACUACAACAUCCUCGGAAGAACCCACAAAAGGGCAAGGAAAACUCACACCCAGUGGGCAGGGAGAAUUCACAUCCAGUGGGACGCAAGUGACAAUGCUGACCAUGAGAAACCUUGGAGAGGACCUCAGAUGUGGGCAACCCCCACCCCUCUAGGGGACCGAAAGCAAUGGAUGUCGAGCGGGUCUAACAUGAUACUGUGAAAGUUCAAUCCAUAGUGGCUCCAACACAGCCGCGAGAGUUCAGUUCAAAGCGGAUCCAAGACAGCAGCGAGAGUCCCGUCCACAGGAAACCAUCCCAAGCGGAGGCGGAUCAGCAGCGUAGAGAUGUCCCCAACCGAUACACAGGCGAGUGGUCCAUCCUGGGUCUCGACUCUGGACAGCCAGUACUUCAUCCAUGGUCAUCGGACCGGACCCCCUCCACAAAGGAGGGGGGGACAUAGGAGAAAAAAGAAAAGAAGCGGCAGAUCAACUGGUCUAAAAAGGGAGUCUAUUUAAAGGCUAGAGUAUACAAAUGAGUUUUAAGGUGAGACUUAAAUGCUUCUACUGAGGUGGCAUCUCAAACUGUUACCGGGAGGGCAUUCCAGAGUACUGGAGCCCGAACGGAAAACGCUCUAUAGCCCGCAGACUUUUUUUGGGGCUUUAGGAAUCACUAAUAAGCCGGAGUCUUUUGAACGCAGAUUUCUUGCCGGGACAUAUGGUACAAUACAAUCGGCAAGAUAGGAUGGAGCUAGACCGUGUAGUAUUUUAUACGUAAGUAGUAAAACUGUGUUACAUCACCUUUUCUUUUAACAACACUCAAAUGUUUGGGAACUGAGGAAACUAAUUGUUGAAGCUUUGAAAGUGGAAUUCCUUCCCAUUCUUGUUUUAUGUAGAGCUUCAGUCCUUCAACAGUCCGGGAUCUCCGCUGUCGUAUUUUACGCUUCAUAAUGUACAUUUUCGAUAGGAGACAUGACUGGACUGUAAAGUACCCGCACUCUUUUUUUUAUUCAUUUACAAAGCCACACUGUUGUAACACAUGCUGAAUGUGGCUUGGCAUUGUCUUGCUGAAAUAAGCAGGAGCGGCGCUUAGAUGGCAGCAUAUGUUGUUCCAAAACCUGUAUGUACCUUUCAGCAUUAAUGGGGCCUUCACAGAUGUGUAAGUUACCCAUGCCUUGGGCACUAAUGCACCUCCAUACCAUCACACAUGCUGGCUUUUACACUUUGCGACGAUAACAGUCUGGAUGGUUCGCUUCCCCUUUGGUCCGGAUGUCGAAUAUUUCCAAAAAACAAUUUUAAAUGGCUUUCGCUUUGCAUAGUCGAGCUUUAACUUGCACUUACAGAUGUAGCGAAAAACUUUAUUUAAAAACAGUGGUUUUCUGAAGUGUUCCUGAGCCCAUGUGGUGAUAUCCUUUAGAGAUUGAUGUCUGUUUUUGAUACAGCACCGUCUGAGGGAUCAAAGGUCACGGUCAUUCAAUGUUGGUUUCCGGCCAUGCCGCUUACAUGGAGUGAUUUCUCCAGAUUCUCUGAACCUUUUGAUGAUAUUAUGGAGCGUAGAUGUUGAAAUCCCUAAAUUUCUUGCAAUGUCACUUUGAGAAAGGUUGUUCUUAAACUGUUUGACUAUUUGCUCACACAGUUGUGGACAAAGGGGUGUACCUCGCCCCAUCCUUUCUUGUGAAAGACUGAGCAUUUUUUGGAACGCUGUUUUUAUAGCCAAUCAUGGCACCCACCUGUUCCCAAUUAGUCUGCACACCUGUGGGAUGUUCCAAAUAAGUGUUUGAUGAUCAUUCUUCAACUUUAUCAGUAUUUAUGGCCACCUUUCCCAACUUCAUUGUCACGUGUUGCUGGCAUCAAAUUCUAAAGUUAAUGAUUAUUUCCCCCCCCCAAAAAAUGUUUAUCAGUUUGAACAUCAAAUAUGUUGUCUUUGUAGCAUAUUCAACUGAAUAUGGCUUGAAAGGAUCUGCACAAUUCCGUUUCUAUUUACAUCUAACACAAUGUCCCAACUCAUAUGGAAAGUUUGUAGAUCGCUCGAUUCUCUGGCUGGCUUGCAAUAUCCUGCCAGCUUGGUCCGCACAAGGUUUUUCUUCUUGAUUUGGCCUGAGUGGUGUAGAACAUGUACACCGGGCAGCAUGGCAAAGCUGUGAUGGCAGUGUUUUACGCCGCCGUGUGACGAAAUGUUCUGUAUGUAAGGAUGAUCUCGCACGCGUCGUGCUCGUGGUCGUCGCAAAUCGUGUGUUUGUCAAAAAGAAAAAACUCUAUGUGCCUGUGUAAAUGUAUAUUAUUGCAAUCACCCGACAUUUGACAUAAAGUACUGUGCUAAUGAACAUUAUACGUCGUUGAAAAUAUCCUGUAAAUUUGAGGGGGAUGCAAAGAGAUACAUGCUUGUUGUUUCUGUUCUUGCAAUAUGUUGCACACACUGAGGCCCAUCUGAUCAUUCAGCCUCCUGUCAAUCAUCGAAAUUUCAUCAAGCACUUCACACCAUCACUAAACCAUUCCGUAGCAUCAUGUAGAACAAAACUCCCACUACUGUUGCAUGCAAAAUGCAGUUGCACUAUAUAUGGUGUUACAAAGGAUCCUUGAUGUUCUAGACCAGGGGUAGGGAACCUGUGGCUCUUUUGAUGACUGCGUCCGGCUCUCAGGUAAAUCUGAGCUGACAUUGCUUAACACGAUAAAUAAUUAAUAAUUAGGGACCGAUGUCCCUUUGGGACAGAGGACCCUAUUGAAUUGUUUAAGGUUGUAUUAUAACUGUGGACCAGCUCUAUACUCUGGGCAGGGUUCUUGAGGGUGCAUGGGAGUUUGCCCAACCAGUCUACAUGUGCUUUGUGGACUUGGAGAAGGCAUUCGACCGUGUCCCUCGGGAAGUCCUGCUCAGAGAGUAUGGGGUAUCGGACUGUCUUAUUGUGGCGGUCCGUUCCCUGUAUGAUCAGUGUCAGAGCUUGGUCCGCAUUGCCGGCAGUAAGUCGAACACAUUUCCAGUGAGGGUUGGACUCCGCCAAGGCUGUCCUUUGUCACCCAUUCUGUUCAUAACUUUUAUGGACAGAAUUUCUAGGCGCAGUCAAGGCGUUGAGGGGUUCCGGUUUGGUGACCGCAGGAUUAGGUCUCUGCUUUUUGCAGAUGAUGUGGUCCUGAUGGCUUCAUCUGACCGGGAUCUUCAGCUCUCACUGGAUCGGUUUGCAGCCGAGUGUGAAGCGACCGGAAUGAGAAUCAGCACCUCCAAGUCCGAGUCCAUGGUUCUCGCCCGGAAAAGGGGGGAAUGCCGUCUCCGGGUUGGGGAGGAGACCCUGCCCCAAGUGGAGGAGUUUAAGUACCUAGGAGUCUUGUUCACGAGUGAGGGAAGAGUGGAUCGUGAGAUCGACAGGCGGAUCGGUGCGGCGUCUUCAGUAAUGCGGACGUUGUACCGAUCCGUUGUGGUGAAGAAGGAGCUGAGCCGGAAGGCAAAGCUCUCAAUUUACCGGUCGAUCUACGUUCCCAUCCUCACCUAUGGUCAUGAGCUUUGGGUCAUGACCGAAAGGAUGAGAUCAUGGGUACAAGCGGCCCAAAUGAGUUUCCAGGUCUCUCCCUUAGAGAUAGGGUGAGAAGCUCUGCCAUCCGGGAGGAACUCAAAGUAAAGCCGCUGCUCCUCCACAUGGAGGGGAGCCAGAUGAGGUGGUUCGGGCAUCUGGUCAGGAUGCCACCCGAACGCCUCCCUAGGGAGGUGUUUAGGGCACGUCCAACCGGUAGGAGGCCACGGGGAAGACCCAGGACACGUUGGGAAGACUAUGUCUCCCGGCUGGCCUGGGAACGCCUCGGGAUCCCCCGGGAAGAGCUAGACGAAGUGGCUGGGGAAAGGGAAGUCUGAGUUUCCCUGCUUAGGCUGUUGCCCCCGCGACCCGACCUCGGAUAAGCGGAAGAAGAUGGAUGGAUAUUAUUAUUAUUCUUUAUUAUUAUUCUUUAUUAUAAUGCCGCCGCCUCUUUGAGCUGUAAUUUGACCGCCUUAACAUGCUUCAGAACUCACCAAAUUUGACACACACAUAAGGACUGGUGAAAAUUGCGAUCUAAUCAAAAAAAUCAAACCUCAAAACUCAAAAUUGCGCUCAAGCGCUCCCUAGGAAGAAAACACAGACAAAACUGUCUGUAACUUCCAGUAGGAAUGUCGUAGAAACAUGUAACAAAAACCUCUACGUGGGUCUCAGUUAGACCUAUAUUUCAUCCACUGAGACCGCCCCCCGGCUGAAAACAACAGGAAAUUUGCUAUUCCCACUUCAAUACAAAAGUUGGCUAAAAAAAUGUCGCUUUUUUUCCAAACAUGAUCUCCUCUGAGGCCGUUUGUCGUGUCGACUUCAAAUAAGCACAGAAGAGAGGUUGAACCCUUUUGAUUAAAAAUUUAAAAAAUAGUUUUAAUUACUACCCCGGUUUGGAUUUUAUGAGCCCGCAAAGAACCAUUGCACUGCUGCCGUUGUCACAAAAUGGCGGUUUUCUGCUUAGAUUAAACUGUAGGACUGUCAUACACAGAUGAAACAAAAACCUCAAUAUAGGUCUCACUGAGACCUAUAUUUCACACACUGACCGCCCCCAACUAAAAUCAACAGGAAGUUUGCUAUUCGCACUUCAAUACAACAACUGCAUUACAUUCACCAUGCAUUAUUCUUAAAAUGUCGGUCCAAAGCCUCCUUAUAAAAUGCCCAAGCCACUUUACAACUGUUAUUACUAUGAACACAUGUGUAUACAACUUUUUCUCUGUGUAAUAAUCCAUCCAUCCAUCCUCUACCGCUUAUCUGGGCUUGGGUCGAGGGGGCAGCAGCCAAAGCGGUCGCGUCCAUCGCUGUUUGCAGCUUUAAGUCCACUUGUAUUCACAGUGUUAAAAAUAAUGUUCAAAAUAUAAAACAUUGUCAUGCAUUUUUAAUCCAUCCAUCCGUUUCUACCGCACCUGUUCAAGAAGUUGCGUCAAUGGUAAGAAGUGAUUUAUUUAUUAUUGGUUAAUGUGGGGAUAACUCUCCUGGGGGUUCUUCAGACCACCAAGCACCGACAUGAGAGCCUGUUUCUGGGUUAAAGUGUUGUUUUAUUUCUCAAUAAGUCUGUCAGUUGCUUUCCAGCAUUGUCUUUUUCUCUUUCGUUCUCGCUCGCUCCUGGCUGCUGCUUAUCACUGAGCGACAGGUGAUUAGAUAACGAGGUCCAGGUGGGCCAUCUAUGCACAUGUCGCUGGUUUCGAGGCCAGUCCUGGCACAGCCCGCUUCGCUGCAGGCCCGCACGCCACGCCCCCUCCACAGUUAGCUUCAGAAUAACAAAGAAUAAGAGACCUAUUAUACUCUAGAAAUGUUGGUCUUACUUAAAAAUGCUCGCGUUUAGUUGUGUUCAGUGUUGAAAAAAAUAUUAAAUGGCUCUUAUGGAAAUACAUUUUAAAAUAUUUGGAUUCUCAGCCAAAAAGGUUCCCGACCCCUGUUUUAGACUAUGAGGUGUUUUUUUUUGUUCUGUUUUAGAUGCAUGUAUGCCCAUAAAGUUCUCAGUGGCCUCUCCGUGUGAAAUGGAGGGAUGAAAUCAUGGAAAUGGACUUCAUGCAGAAAAGGACUAUUCUCACUCAAGCCUCGUUUUCCACAUUCAUCUUUUUCUGUGGAAUUUGAUCGUGUUUUGUUCCGCCUUUUCAUUUUAAACUCGGCACGACCCGAUUUUGUUCCUUUUUUGCCGUUUUCCUUUCAGAACUGUCUUGUGCAUCCACAAUAAUCACACUAUCAUUCAGGGGGCUUGUCGUAGGAUUUUUGUACAAAACGUACGUCAGCAGUAGAAGGGAACCAAAGGAAGAAAAAAAAAAUUGCUGUUUUUCUCCUCUUCCGAGAAUAACCGCAGGAUGUUUUGUGUGAUUUCCUACGGAAUUUCAACGAGAACACGUAUUCAGCCAUAUGCAAUUAUUGUCCAGUUUGUAUCAUUUCUGUAUUUUCAGAUUCCUCAUAAAGAACUAUGUGUACAUUAUGGACACAACAUCCCCUUUCCUAAAUAGGAAAGGGGAUGUUGUGUCUACAGAGAGAGAUAAAAUACUAUACAACA